ACCCACGAUGGCUGCCCGCAGCUGUGGCGAUCACUUCUGGGAGCCGAGAUUACCAUUCAGACGGAAAAUAAUGUCUUUUAAAGCAUGCUGGACUUUGGCUUUCCUCCUCUUUGCCUCAGGUCGGUGCUUUGCCGACGGCGAUCACGAAAUGGAGGAGUUUCUGAAGCGGGAGUAUUCCCUCUCGAAGCCGUACCAAGGUGUGGGAUCCUUAGGCUCCUCGCACUGGGAGCUGAUGGGGGAUGCCAUGGUAACCACCGAUCAGCUGCGGCUCACAGCUGACAAGCAGAGCAGGCAGGGGGCAGUGUGGAGCCGCCUCCCUUGCCAUCUGACGGACUGGGAGAUGCAGGUGCACUUUAAGAUUCACGGGCAAGGGAAGAAGAACUUGAAUGGGGAUGGGCUGGCCAUUUGGUACACUAAGGAACGUGGGCAGAAAGGUCCUGUAUUUGGAAAUAAGGACAACUUCACUGGCUUGGGUGUGUUCGUGGACACGUAUCCCAAUGAGGAGAAACAGCUAGAGGCGCAGAAGAAAAGAUACACUCCUCGCACACAGAGGAUCUUCCCCUUCGUACUGGCCAUGGUCGGGAACGGCAGCGUCAGCUACGACCACGAGCGGGACGGUCGGCCCACGGAGCUGGGCGGCUGCAACGCCAUGGUGCGCAACCUCAAGCACGACACCUUCCUCUUCAUCCGAUACGUCCGCCGCAGGCUCACGGUGAUGAUCGACAUCGACGGGCAGCACGAGUGGAGGGACUGCCUCGACAUACCCGGGGUGCGGCUCCCCAAAGGCUAUUAUUUCGGAGCCACAGCCGUCACGGGAGACCUCUCAGAUAACCACGACAUCAUUUCCCUGAAACUCUACCAACUGACGGUGUUGCGGAGUCCGAAGGAAGAGGAGGAUGAGGAGGACGACGAAGAGGAGAUAACGAUACCCAGCGUGGAUAACUUUGAGCUACUCAGGCUGGGUCAGAGUGAGGAAGGGAUGAGCGGAAUAGCGAUUUUCUUCACCGUGCUCCUGUCCAUGCUGGGUUGCAUCUUCCUGGUGGUCAUCGGCGUGGUGGUCUACGGCCACUGGAACGAGAACCGACGCAAGCGCUUCUACUGAGAGACGGAAAACAUGCCGAACUAAAAAAACAACAACAACAGAGGAGACACUGAGGCGAGACACUGCCGGCGGUUUUAGCCUGAGGACACUAUCGAUACGGGGGGAGGCGGAGGAGACGUGUCGCCCGCUGCAAAGAGCCUCCGUCCAACUCUCGCCACGUGAAGCAGGAGGACUCUAUUUCUGUCCGUAGGACCCGCCUGACACACACACACACACACACACACACACACACCGACUCGGCCUUAGCAUCUCCACCUCUGUGCUCGUUACCUGGCAGACGACCCCGUAUGACAUCUGACGAGCAGCUAGUAUGGUACAAAAAAAAAUCGUAUUAUGUGAAGGAAAAAGUACUUCUACUAAAGAAAUAUAAGGUGUAACGUGUCCAGUGUUUCCUACUGUACAUUAUGACUUGAAGUGCUGACCAAAUAGCAGUAAACGCUCACGAUGCUCCUUAAAGAUCUCUACUCUUUCCUUUAGAGAAAGUAUAUGUGUGCUUUUUACCUGCUUAUCAUUUUGAUAUAUACUAUAUUGUAUGCUGUUUAUUCCAAACCUGUAGUUGUAAUAUGCAUGACAUUUGUUGUUGUUGUUUUUUAUGAAUGGUCCAGGCUGACGCCGGGCUUGGUUUACACGGGAAACCGACCCGUCUCAUUGAUGCAUGUGUCAAAGAUUUGUGUGUUUCGGGGAAAUGUUUUGUCUCAGAUCCCGUCCCCCCAGGUUGUUUUUGUGUGGGUGUGUUUGUAUUUAAGAAACAAAAUGUUUAUCAGUCUGCAAAUAUUUAAGAUACAUUUACAUAGCAGAAUGGAACUUUGCACUGGAUAUGAUUGUGAUGACUACUUUUUUUCCCCCCCACUUUUUACCUGGACACUUAAAUCACACUUUUUGUUUGGGUUUCUUUUAUUUUGUAAAAGCACCACUUCUGCGUUGGCGUGACUACAACUGCAUCUCCAGGUGGUGAGGUGCUGCCACACAAGGCCUUCCCUUUUUUUUCUUUCCUGUAGCCACUUGGACAAACACUACUUUAUUUAUAAUCCGUACAUUUGUACGACAGCCGCGGGCCUCAUGUAACCAUCCAUUUUGUUCGGAUUUAUUUCCAUCGCCUCAUUAAAGACCAAACAAGACCGAUGUGAGUAUUGAAUGUCUAACAUCAAGUGGGUUAUAUGUAAUAUUUUGCAACAUCACAAAGAGUGGACCACCUCCUGGAAAACGGCUCAUUUUAGAAAGUUCCGUUUGAGCGUGGUCAUCCUUCUCUUUGGGUGACAGGGCUUCCUGUGAGAGUGCUCAAGGAAGCGGGGUUCCUUUUUCCCAGGCUUUAGAAAUGUUUACAGCGACAUACUCAAGGCUGCUGGAGGAUAAACAGAUUAAGGUUCGGGUCAAAGAAUGUCAGUCAGUCGAGUGCCAAGCUUUGUUUUAUUAAAAAAAUAAAAUACAAAUGAUGA